AUGUCGGGUCGUAUUUCAUCAGAGCACUCUCGCUCGGCCUCACGAUCAUCAACACGAGCAUCCCAAAGUGAAUCCAUGACUCGCCCCUCCGGUCGCAACUCUCGAGUCUCCAAUCCCAACGUCUUCGCCGACGAAUACUCGUUAGAACCCAUUGAAUCCAACCGGAUCGAACGCCCCCAUAGUCCAUCUUCUAUCGCCUCCUCUGCAACUCUCCGUGAAACAAAUCCUAAAACCGUCAGCACCGCAACAACCGAGAAUGAAAAUCCAUUUGGGGAUGACGCCCGUGUGUCUUUUGAUGAGCCGCAUCGAUCAAGCCUGCCCCAAAAGGGGCACUUCGCCAACAACCGGAACUCGACAACCUCUCUCGCCUCCACCCCUUCAAUGAUCCAACGAAACCAAAGCGUCUCUUCCCGUUUUUCGAUUCCCCGUGCCCUCAGCCCCUACACCGGAGCCACCGGACCCAGCCAUCCUUACGGUAUGUAUCCACAGGUGGGUGUCAGCCGGUCGCCUAGUGUAGGAAGUACGUCGACAAUACGUCCAGUGGAACGCCCGAUUGAGGAAUCAACCGGACCUCAACAUCCGUAUGCCAUGUACUCGCAGAAUGUCGUUGAGGAAGGAAUGGAUGAUGAUAUCAUCCCGGUCGGAUUCCCCGGUCAUAACCCACCGUAUCAACCGCCCGCUGGCCGCCAGGAUGAGGAUGUGGGUGAUAUCAUUGGACCAGAUGGUCACACAGAACCGCUACCCCCUUAUUCACGAUACCCAACUGGCGUCAUCCCCAAGCCCCCCGGUGCCGAGGCCGAGACGAUGGCCGAUCUCAACACUCCACCAGAAGAACAUCGCCUCAACAACGAAAGCCCAAGAGCGCUCCCGGUUUCAGAAACAUCCUCAAGGGCAUUGGUACCUGAGCAAUCUGCUGGCGGAAACGAUGAUCGAAACGAGGAGCAAAGGCCUGCGGCGACCACAGGCAUCAUGGCAUUCGAGGAAAAGCUCAAGCGGAAGGGCAAACAGACUGCGUGCUGUGGUCUCCCCGUGUGGACAUUAGUUCUCAUCGCGACGGUGAUGCUCAUUGGAGGAUGUAUUGGAGGCGUUAUCGGUGGUGUCUUGGGCACAAAGAGAGCCGCCGAGGCUGCGAAGGAAGACCAAGAGGCCCAGAAGUCACACGGUCCGCCGAUUGUGACGGUCACUGCGUCUGCCCAGAUGGAUGCAUCCAUGAUAUCCACUCCCACUAACAUCAAGAGCAUCCCUACCGGCAGCUACAUGCUUCCAGCUAGUUACCAGAACGGCUCGGGGCUUUGUGUGGAUGAAUCAGAUUACGGCAAACCCUGGAAGUGUCAACAAACACCCAGUGAAUUCGAAAUCUUUGUUGGGGAAUCACGAGGACAUCAUUCCAUCGUCUUUGAUUAUGGUGGUCCGACACCUACCUUCACAUAUGGCGCUCAGGCACCUUACUGGUCCACUUCCCCCACACAGGCCCUCAGCAUGGCUGUUGAUACCACGGACCUUGGAAUGGGCCCGGCUCUUUUCUUCAUCUCGGCUUUCGACAAAUUGGUUAUUGUCCCAGAGAACGAUCUGAGUACUAGUAGUAUUACCAAGCGCAACUGGGUCGAAGAUGGGUGGGCACAAGCAGAGGCCUAUAAGAACUUCAAGCAAACUGCCUCCGUUGGUGACAAGCCCUGGUUCUGCUGGUGGAACAACACAAUGAUGGAGUUCUUCAUGUAUGUCAAUCAGUCAACCUCGGCGUCUGCAAGCACCGCCGCAUCUGUCGACAGCAACAUGGCGGCAAGCACAGCUGGAGUGCAAUCUAACUCCAAGCGCGGCUCCAUCGGCAAUUACCCUCGACGGAUCAAGAUGGAGGAGCGUCGUGACGACCCUAGACGUGAAACUCCCUACUGCCAACAGAUGCAGAUUCGCAAUGACGGUGGUCUAGCACUCCUUUCUGGCAAGCUGAUCAACAUUAAGGAAAAUGAACCCACGCCUACAACCACCUACACCAAUUACAACGGCGGCACCGCUCAGACAUACACCGCACAGGCAUCUUAUGCCAGUGCGUGCUUCUGCAAGUCCCUGACAGACUAG